GGUUUUGUCAGUAGGUGCUGCGUCUCAAUGCAGAUGUUUCGGGUGAAAUGAAUAAGGCACCUCAGCCUCUGUCUGGACCCCCAUCCGCCCCGCCCCACCCCUCCGUCCCGCUCCCAACACCCUCCCCGGGCCUGUCCCAGCCCAGUUUUCCUUCUGCUCCACCUUCAGUUGUUUUCGGCACCCCUCCACCACAAAUGAACCCCUCCGCCCAAUCCCGACAGUUUGCCUCAGGUCCUAGAGCUUUACCACAACAGGGUGGAUUCAGGUCGCUGCAGCCGUACUAUGCCAGUCGGCCCACUUUACCUUCCAAUUCUGGGCGUGUUCAGUCAAGCCCCGCCCCUCACCCAAUUCCCCCUCCACACGGACCACGCCCCGCUCAUGUAUUCCAGCCUGGCCCCUCCCAAAUGAUGAUGAUCCCCCAGCAAUCAAUCAGCUUCCCAAACUCGCAAGGCACUGCCUUCUACAUACCCGGCCAGUACCGCCCCUCUUACGUGACCCCUCCGCAGUAUCAGGUGGCUGGUUCUCCUGGUUUUUACCCUGGUACCAGUCCGGGUGAUUAUGCUGGAGCGUAUUACCCCGCUCAGCCCCAGUUCACGCCCCCUGUUCCCCCUGCACCCGUUUUGAUGAGCCCAGCUCCACAGCAGCAGCAAGCCCCGCCUCCUCCACAGCAGCAAGCUCCGCCCAAACGGGAACGCAAGCAGAUAAGAAUUAGGGACCCUAAUCAAGGAGGUCGUGACAUCACAGAAGAGAUCAUGUCAGGAGGUCGCAGCGGCUCAACACCAACACCUCCUCAGUCACUGCUGUGUGCGUCUGAUAUUGUCAUCGGCACGCAGCCUAACGGCGAUAACACCCCACCUGCAGUCGUCAUGACAACCAGAGAGGAGUUUCCCAUCCCUCCAGGUGAAAGCCCUGUACCCGAUGCUCUGCCCACUCCCCCUCUCACCAGUCCAUUAGACGAUACGGUGGAUGCUCCGCCCCGCGCGCCUGAGGACGAUACCUACUUGACAUCCGCUCUGUUGGAAGUGGCCAUUGAAGCUGAAUGGGAAAAACCCGCCCCCUCCAGUUCUAACGGUGCAGGUGAUGCACCCCCUAAAGGUAAAGAGGAGGGGCCAGUGAUUGAGACCACGCCCAUCCCUGCUCUGCAGGCGGAGCCAGUGCUGGAAUCUCCAAUAGCACAGCCAGAAGAGCUUCAGCUUUUCAACGGCGGAGCAGCGCCGGCGACUCAAGCUCACAGCGCAUACAGAGACGUUAGCCCUAUCGCCGAACCCGAUGUCACUGAAGAGGCUCCACCCGUUACCAUAGAAACGCCUGUUAGGACUGUCAAAGAAACCCCUCCACAGGUUGUCGACGAGACGGUUGCUGAGGAAGUGCCAGCUCCUGUUGUUAAGGAGCCUAUUCCUCCGGUUUUCAAGGAGACCCCUGCUCCUGUUAUAAAGGAGACUCCCGCUGUCGUCAAGGAAACCGUUCCUGUGGUUGCUGUGGAAAUGCCCGCGCCGGUUGAUAAGGAAGUGUCUCAAAACGUUACCCAGGAGACUGUUGUCAAAGAAACUGGUGAAAAACAAACUCCGCAAAGUGUCGUUAGCGAGCCACCGCCUCCUGUUGCCAAGGAAACCGAUAAACCGUUUGUCGAGGAAACCUCCGAGCCGGUUGUCAAGGAGUCCGCCGCCCCGUCAGAGGUUGCUGUGGAUGUUUCGAAAGCCAAGCCCCCUCCGGCUGAUGAGCGAGAUGAUGUUCCGGCUCCGCAGGCCGUUCUCUCUGAGAGUACCGUGACAGCCAUUUCUGUGCCAAAGAAGAAGAGAAAAUUCAAAGAGUUGAAUAAGAAAGAGGCCGGCGAUAUGCUCGAUGCCUUUAAAGAGCCUGUACCCCCUGAGCCUGAGGCCACACCCCCGGUGAAGGCGGAGCCAGAGGUCGUUGCCCCGGUGGCCCUGCCCCCUGCAGAAGAUGUGGAUGAGACUUGGGAGGAGAAAGAAGAUAAACUCGAUGCUGAAAACAUCAGGCCACAGAGCCCCGCCCCUGCCACGCCCACUGAUCAGAAGUACCAGUAUAAAGAAGAUCAAUGGAAACCUAUAGACCCCGAGGAGAAGAAGAAAUAUGACCGAGAGUUUCUGCUGGGCUUCCAGUUCAUCAGUGCCAGCAUGCACAAGCCUGAGGGUUUGCCACAAAUCAGUGAUGUCGUUCUGGACAAGGCCAAUAAAACUCCUCUGAGGCAGCUGGAUCCCAGUCGUUUGCCUGGAAUGAACUGUGGUCCGGAUUUCACCCCGUCAUUCGCCAACCUUGGCCGUCCGUCAGUCGGUGGGCGUGGCCCGCCGUCAGGUCUGAGCGGCCCCCGGCGUUCAGGUCAGGGCCCGCGGGGUAAAGAGCCUCGUAAGAUCAUCACCAGCAUGUCUCUCGGCGAGGACAUUCAACUGAAUAAGGCGGUGAAGGCGUGGAAGCCAUCGGUAAAGCACAGCGGGCGGGCGGAGGAAGACGACGCAGAGGCGCUGAAGACGCAGGAGCUGUUCAAGCGUGUUCGUAGCGUGUUGAAUAAACUGACGCCGCAGAUGUUUCAGCCGUUGAUGAAGCAGGUGACUGACAUGACUAUCGACACAGAAGAGCGCCUGAAGGGAGUCAUCGACCUGAUCUUUGAGAAAGCCAUCUCUGAACCCAACUUCUCCGUCGCUUACGCCAACAUGUGCCGCUGCCUUAUAGCGCUUAAGGUUCCCACCUCUGAUAAACCAGGAGUGACAGUGAACUUUAGGAAGUUGUUGUUGAAUCGCUGUCAGAAGGAGUUUGAGAAAGACAAAGAUGAUGAUGAAAAUUUUGAGAAGAAACAGAAAGAGUUGGAUGCUGCCACAGGGGAAGAGGAGAGGCAAAAGUUGAAGGAGGAGCUUGAGGAAGACAAAGACAAAGCUCGGCGACGGUCGCUAGGCAACAUCAAGUUCAUUGGCGAGUUGUUCAAACUGAAGAUGUUAACAGAGAACAUCAUGCAUGACUGUAUCGUCAAGCUGCUGAAGAACCAUGACCCGGAGAGUCUCGAGUGUCUCUGUCGUCUGCUCUCCACCAUCGGCAAAGAUCUCGACUUCGAGAAGGCCAAGCCCCGAAUGGAUCAGUAUUUCAAUCAGAUGGAGAAAAUUAUCAAAGAUAGGAAAACAUCUUCCAGAAUACGCUUCAUGUUGCAGGACGUCAUCGACUUAAGACGGAAUAACUGGGUGCCGCGCAGAGGAGAUCUGGGUCCGAAGACCAUCGAGCAGAUUCACAAGGAGGCGGAGCUUGAGGAGCACAGAGAGCAGGUCAAAGUUCAACAGCUCAUGUCUAAGAAGGAGGGCAGAGGAGGAGGAGGAGGAGGAGGAGGCGGAGGAGGAGGAGGAGGAGGAGGAGGCGGAGGCGGAGGCGGAGGGGGAAUGGGUGGUCAGGGACCCCGGGGUGGACAGCACAUGCCUGGUUCCCGUGGAAACCAGGCCCCCGACGACGGCUGGAACACGGUGCCUAUUUCCACCAAAAACAGACCCAUUGACCCCACUCGACUCAGCAAGAUUACCAAGCCGGGCGCUUUGGACUUUAAUAAUCAGCUUCUUGCCCCUGGAGGUAAGGGCACAUGGGGCAGUUGGGGUAAAGGCAGUAGCGGUGGCUCCGGAGCGAAAGCAAACGACGGCGCCCAGGACACCGGUCGCCCGAGCAAUCUGAACCGCUUCUCAGCGCUCCAACAGUCCGCGUCUUCCUCAUCCUCAAACAUGGAUUCUGACAGGCGGGUUCCUCACAGGAGUAGCUCCAGUCGGGAACGCUUUGACCGCCGCGACGAGCGCGGGGACCGGGGAAGCGACCGCUACGAUCGGCGUGACGACCGGCAGGACCGGAAUCGCCCCGCCGUCGGCAAGCGAAGCUUCAGCCGUGAGAAGGACGAGAGGAGUCGGGAGAGAGAUCAGCGUCCGGUGGAAACGGUCCGGAGAGUGUCCAGCAUGACGGACGAGCGGAGAGAGAGAGAGCGCGGCACCCGGGAGAACGUGAAGAGAGAGACGGCUCCCACUCCACCACCUGCUUCAUCCAAACCUGCUCUGACCGAAGAAGAACUGGAGAAGAAAACAACAGCCAUCAUAGAGGAAUACCUACACAUCAAUGACAUCAAGGAGGCGCUGCAGUGUGUGGUGGAGUUGAACUGCACGUCCCUGUUGUCGGUGUUUGUGCGGACGGGAAUCGAGUCGACGCUGGAACGCAGUGCCAUCGCUAGAGAGCACUUGGGUUUACUGUUCCACCAGCUGCUCAAAACACAAACACUAUCAACACAGCAGUAUUAUAAAGGGUUGGUGGAGGUUCUGGAGGUUGCAGAAGACAUGGCUAUUGAUAUUCCUCACAUCUGGCUGUAUCUGGCUGAAAUCAUCUGUCCUGUGCUGCACGAGGGGGGCAUUCCCAUGGGCCCUCUCUUCAGGGAAGUGGCAAAACCUCUGGUGCCUUUUGGGAAAGCUGGAGUUUUACUGGCAGAGAUUUUCAAACUUCUCUGUAAAGGAAUGAGCCUUAAGAAGGUGGGGACGAUGUGGAAGGAGGCGGAGCUUAGCUGGAAAGACUUCUUUCCAGAAGACGAGGAUGUGAAUAAGUUUGUCACAGAAAAGGGAGUGGAGUUGAGUCUGGGUGAGGAGUGUGUGAGGAAGGGCAGUAAAGCGUCUCUGAGCACAGAGGAGAUCUCGCGGGAGCUCGAGCGACUCCUGCAGGAGAAAGCCGACAACCAGAGGGUCUUUGAUUGGGUGGAGGCCAACCUGGACGAGCAGCAAACAGCAUCUGAUGGGUUUGUGCGAGCGCUGAUGAUGGCGGUGUGUCAGUCGGCCAUCGUCUGUGAUAACCCGUGUAAAGUGGACGCUACAGAAAUUACCCAGCAGGCCAAGCUGCUUCAGCGCUACAUUAAAGACGAACAGAAGGAGCUUCAAGCGCUUUACGCUUUACAGAAUCUGAUGGUGCAGAUGGAGCAGCCGCCCAAUUUGUUGCGGAUGUUUUUUGACGUGUUGUACGACGAGGACGUGAUCAAAGAGGAGGGCUUCUAUAAAUGGGAGUCCUGUAAAGACCCGGCGGAACAGCAGGGCAAGGGCGUUGCCCUCAAAUCUGUCACCGCCUUCUUUACCUGGCUACGAGAAGCUGAUGACGAAUCAGACAACAGCUAGAGCUCUGACCACACCCACUACACAGGAGCAUCAAGGUGGAAAAAAGAGCAAAAAACAACAAACAUUUGGGAGAUUUUCAAUAAUAAAAUAUUAAGACAUUUUUACUUUACGUUUUUUUGUUUGUUUGUUUGUUUUUCAAAAUGCUGUUGAACCGAAAUGACAAUGAAGAGUGUUGGAGGAGUACAAGCCUUACCUGCUCGCCGAACUUUAUGGGCUUUUAGUCUUUAGCAUUGCCACUUCCUGUGUCACGCUCCGCUGCCAUGGAGACGUACUCGGAUGACAUCCCCGCACUCGGAUGACAUCCCCGCACUCAGAUGACAUCGCCGCUUGGAAUUCUUCAUUUACGAUGUCACUCGCUGACGUAAAGCUGCUGCGUUUGUUUUUCGAAGCCUGCAGAUGUAGUUCGCUGUGGAGCGAGUUGCUGUUAACGGAGGAGAAGCAACGUUUCUUUCUCUCUUGCCUCAGUGUAGAUCUAGCCCAGUGAAUUCAGCUGUUUGUUGUUUUCUACUUUUUUUAUGACGGAAGAAUUUAACAAAAAAUGCAAACUGCGUCUCCACUUCAGAGCUCUGGAGGGGGCGAGCGUGAGAACAUGCGACAACGUUGAACUUUUUGCUGCUGCUGCUGAUGACGUUUCUGUCGGCCGGAUCGGACCUGACGUACGGUUCUCUGAACUUAACACAAAAAAAAAAAACACAGAAAACUUUCAAAAAGAGGAGCGGAGAGUUGUGUGUGGUGGAUGUUUUGCACACCUCCUGCACGUGUA